AUGGCCGCACAAAUCGUUGAUAAGCAUGGUAAUGCUAUUCACGAAGGCGACUACGUAUUCACUAGGAUUCGUGGCGGAUCACAUGAAGGGAAGGUACAAGAAAUUGUUACGGAUGAGCAACGAGCAGAAGAGACAGAAGUGAAGCAUCCUCCCAAGGUCAGCAAGGAGAAUCGUAAUCCUACGAGAGCGAGAGUUGUUGACAGGAGUACUUAG